AUGCGCGCCACCGGCCACGAGAUCAAGGCAAGCGCCGCUCAGCCGUGGCGGGUGGCCCAUGCUGCCGCCUUGCACCAGCGCGUUCAGGUGAGCCAUGUGAGCCUGCUGGAUGUCAACAAGAUGUUGGCGGGCGCUGCCAGAGAUGGACAGUGGCGUCUCGUGCUGCUCUGGCUUCAGUGUGCCCAGAUCAAGCUGGACCUGGUCAGUUUCAAUUCGGCCAUCACUGGUUUGGGGCGGGCGGCACGUUGGUUUCAGGCGCUGGACCUCUUCUCGCGCCUUUCGCCUGUCGCUUUGCGCCCCAGCGCUGUCUCCCGUACCUUGGUGGCCACGUCCACUUCAACCGAGAAGGCUGGCCAGAGGUGGCAAAUGUCCCUUUUGCUCCUUUGCGACGCGUUCGAGGACGCGGUCGCUUGCAGCACUGCGCUCAUAUCUUGCCGAGGCCGCAAUUGGCGUUUGCCCUUGCUUCUGCUCGCCAUCGCAAGUGCAAAGACGCUGCGGCCGAAUGCAGUGAUCCUCACCGCGACGAUGGCGAAGCAGACCUGGACCCGCAGUCUUCAGCAGCUUCAGGCCUGCAGCCGCCUGCGCCUGCGCGUCGACUCCGUGGCCUUCGUGGCCGCCGUGGCCUCCUGCGCUUGGAGGGGCUCCUUGGAGCUGCUGGCCUCGGGAAGAAGGUGUGGUCUGCCCGGCAGCUCGGCUCGCAGCGCUGCGGUCGCUGCAACCUCUGAGGCACUGCUUUGGGAAGAAUCCAUUGCAGUUUUGCUGAGUCCUCGCCGAUCAAGAAGGUCCGGUGAGAUCUCGCCACAAUACCGAAAGAAUGGGCUUUGCGGCUUUGUGUCGGCCAUUGCAGCAUGCGACGCCACUCGCCGCUGGGCGUGGGCCCUGGAGCUGCUUCACAGGGCCCCUGUGCUUGGAUUAGGCUUCGACUUGGAUGUGCUGAAUGCGGCCAUCAGCGCCUGCGAAUCUGCAUGGCGGCAGGCCUGGGCAACUCUAGGCGUGGCUGCAAAGGGCCUGGCAGCGCAAAGCCCGCGGCCAGACCUGAUUUCUUGGAACACGUUGCUUACCUGCACACCAUGGCCUUCGGCGCUGGAGGUUUUCCGCGGCCUGCGACGGCGAGGACUGCUUCCCGACGUCAUCUCGACGACUGCUCUGGUCACUGCCUGUGAAGAAGGCCUUCGGUGGUCCACUUCACUCACCGCGGUGUCUUUAAUGCGGGAGGACCGGCUGCCUUGCAACGUGCAGACUUUUACGGUGGCAGCGAGCGUGUGCCAGAGAGUCGGUCGACACAGGCUCGCAUUGCUCGUCUUGGAGCGCAUGCGCCUGGAGGGCUUGGCCUGGGAUGUGGCUGCCCUGAGUGUUGCCCUCCUGGCGUGCGAAUGGCUUCCUGCUUCCCCGGCUUGCUGGGGAUGGUGCAGCGCCGGCAAUGAGGUACGGGGCCUGUCCAGUCUCUCCGAGCAGCUGCACCGCACGGCGCUUCAGACCUUAGACAAGCGGAGAAGUUCCAGCAGGUGCUUCGCCGGCUUCGCCAAAGGCGUCGCAGAAGCCCAAGCUGCAGCCACACCCACCGGCGGGCUCUCGGAGCGAGACCGCGAGCUCUUGCAACAGCUGCACGAGCGCCACCAAGCGAAGGCCACGGCCAAGGCUGCGCGCUCCAAGUCUCCGCACAAGGGCGACCGUGGAAGCCUGUCACCCAAGGUGCACAGCCCGCGGGUUUCAUCGCCGGCAUCGGUCGAAGCAGAGCAUCACCACGCAACCACAGCUGCCGCCGUUUCUGCGGCAGUGGAUGAGCGUGAGAGCCCAAAGUCGCAGUGGCCAGAAUUGGAGCCUGAUGCUCUUCAGAACGAGGUUGCGGCCCGCGAGGUGGAGUUGCGAGUGCUCCGCCAGGAGCUGGAGACCCGCAGCCAGGAGGUGCUGCGCCUGGAGGGGCAGAUCCGCGACGCAGAGGACCAGCUCCGGCAAGCAGCAGGCCAGGUGGGGACGCUCUCUGCCAAGGCGGAGGUGGCCAGCGGCAGCAAACAGGCGGUCUUGCAGGCAUCAGCCAGGAACAUCGACUCACAGGUCAUGACUCUGAAGAAGCGCCUGGCCUCGGCUGAGUCCGAGCUCGCGGAGAAGGAUGACGAGCUGUCGGGCCUGCAAGAGGCCAUACACCAUGGAUCCCAGCAGGUUGCAGCCAAGGCGGCAGAUCUGCAAGCAAUGCAGCAUCAGCACAAGCUCCAUGGAAGCAAGGUGGCAAAGCUGCAGAAGGACAGUGAUCUGCUACACCGGCACAUGGCCAUCGAUCAGUGGCGUCACCAAGUGGAGGCGCUUGUGGAGCAGGAGCAGCAGGAUGCCGUAAUGGUCCGUGAGCGCCGUGAGCACCAGAGGCAGAUCGAGGUGUUCCAGGAGGAGAUCCUGGCGCUCCAGAGCUACCUCACGCGCAUGGAGGAGAAGAGCAGAUACCAUGCAGAGGAGAUCCAGCGGCGGAAGGAACUCUUGAAGGCAUUGGUGAUGGAGGAGCGACUCUGCGCGGCGGCGGCCCGCCUGGGCCACGAGACGGCGGACGAGCUGAAGCGUGGCCAGAUGGAGGAGCAACGCAUCCUCGAGGCACGUCUCCACGAAGAGAAGGGCCGCAAGACUUCUGUGGCAGCGCAGGCCAAGACCUACGAAGAGGUGGAGGCAGAUGCGCGACAGAACCAAGAGCAGCUGGCUGCCCUGACCGCUUGUGUCAGGCAGGCGGCCCAUGCCAUGCAAGAACGCGGUCCUCACGUUUCCAAGACCGCUGUGGACGACGCAGUCGACAGCUUCACCCAGAAGAUGCGGCAGCAAGGGGAGCUGGUCCCCCCAAUCAUCCGCUUGAGCCCGGGGCUGAGUUCGCAGUUGUAG